AUGGACAAGAUUGGAAAGCCCCCCGUUCUCAACAGCAAAGACGGCUUCGAGGUAGAAGAGCAGCAGCCCGACGAUGUCCGGGGCCUCCAGGCGUACCACGACUGGUUCUACCAGUACGUCAUGCCUCCCGAUCAGGAUGGAUACUCGCACGCCAUCAUGGCCUUGCCCUGGACGACCGGCGAGCCAGUAUAUCGCGAUACGCACAAGACGGGGCUGCCGCACGCUAGUCUCCCAGUUGGCAGCAUCCCCUACAUCUCCAGGGACACGGGAAAGGAGGAGCGGCGACCGGCUGCGCUGGGACUCGUGAGCGCCGAGGGUAGUGAUGUUAUGCUCACUGAUUUGUCAGCAAACUUUUCGAGAGCACAGAUGCAGUCGCUACGAACAAGGGCGGAUUGA